AUGCAACAAGCUGGUAAAAAUUUUACCUUAAUCUCAUCUUCCGGUAUGUUUUCUUCUUUCAAAUCUGCCUCUUCAUCUACUUUGAUGCUUAAUUGCAUCGUGAAAUUGAAAUUUGUGAACAGUUUCCUAAAUGAAAAAGAAAAGACACAGAGUGAGGUGGUAACAAAGUUGACAGUUUAUGAAAAUGGAGCUAUUGAAGCAGAAUGCAACAAACUACCAUGCGGUACAUCCGGCGCUCACUGCAAUGACAAUCAAGCAAGCUGUCGAGCUGAAACUGACACAUUUUCCAGCAUGAAAUGGGCUUCCAACGGACAAAGCAUUCUUCAACGCUGUUGCACAAUUACGGUACCACGUAAAAUAUACAUUGGUACAGAUUUGGUAUCACUCGGGUCAUACUAUACUGGUGGCAUAGUUGAUCAAAAGGAUCGUUAUAGUAAGGAAGGACCCGAAUUCGAUUUCAUUUCGAAUGUUCGCACCGAACAAGGUGGUGUUCGAAUUUGGGUUUACCGAGUAAUUUGCCCGAAAGCAACUGGUAUUUCUGGGGGACCGGCUGCAACAUCUCAUGGACGAGAUAUAGCUGCAACAGAAAAGACUUUGUCAACAGUGUCAUUUCACACAGCACUGUUAUCAGCAUCGAGCAAGACGCUAAAAAGUUGUGGCAAACCUGCUCGAACCCAUUCACAAGCAACGAACAGUGCUGGAAAUGCUCAGUCUGAAAGCGUACCAACAGCAUACAAGCCGAUUAAUCCACUGCAAUAUCGCCCGCCCAAUUGGCGUAUGACGCAAAGAGAUUCACCGGUUCGUGUCAACUCUCGAGACCUAUUCGAGAGACUGAUAUAA